AUCUACAGAAGCGUUCUUUUUGGCCGGAAAAAUGUCGUCUAAAACCCUAAUUCGCACCGGAGUUUCGCUGAUGACGCGUAUUAUCAAUCCAGUUGUUCAUCAGGAUCCGUCUCAUAAGUUCGUUCCACAGAUCUUUGCUAUCACAUCGAAGCUUUCCACCCCACCGCCAUUCCCAUCUCUUUUGAAGCUACAGAAUCCGAUGAAUUUGAUCCAAAACGAUGCAGAAGCCCUAAAAAGAGUUUCUUCUGAAGGAUUCUUAUAUCCCUGCGGGCUUCCUUCUCUCCGGUUCUUCCUCCCUGACGGAGACGAUUCAUCAUUGAGUGAACCAUUGUUGUGCAUCAAGAGAACUUACCAGCCUAGCACUCUCAAGCGUAAAAGGACUCAUGGCUACUUGGCUCGUAAAGCAACCAAGGGAGGUAGACGAGUGAUUGCUAGGAGGAUAGCGAAGGGUCGGUCUAGAAUCACAGCUUAAGCGAAAUGUUAUUCCGUCCAGGUUCGAGCAAAUUAUGUUAUCGUUAGAACUUGGAAUUCCAAAUUUAUCCUGAAUUUUAAACCUUUGGAUCAUCCAUCUUUUAUGAGUAAGAAUCAAAGACAUUGUAUAAGUGAUUUGAUGAUGCCUUUGCAACUAAUUAUUAGGGAGGGAUCUUGAGAUCUAACUCACCAUCUUCAA